UCUCCCUAGAGGCCCCAUAUUCCUCAAACUAAAAGUGCAUGUAGUCUACGUUAGAGUGACAAAGUUGUAAGGUUAAACGCAACUUACCCUAGUUUCAGAACCAACGAAAAGGAAAAAAAAAAAAAAACUUCUCUGGAUCAAUCCCUUUUCCAUGCCCAGGUUGGAGGAGUACAUGGCGGCGACGGAGUCCAGUUUAAGCCCCGCGGUGGAGUCGGUGGUGCCGGCAUGUAUGUUCGCACCUGACCCGGGUUGCGCGGAGGAUUCGCCCGGCGCUGAGCUCAGCGACGCCGGCGACAACCAGAACGGGGAAGCCGAGGAUCAUUUAGACCUCACUAGCAAGUUUGCAUUGGUCAGCCCUACAGGAGAGCAGUAUGACUGUUUACAAAAGCAGCUGCGAGAACGAAUGGAGGAAGGAUGCGGAGAAACUAUCUAUGUGGUUGGCAUGGGGACAGACGGUGGUGAUUAUGGUCUGGAUGAACGGGAUAUGGAAGCAUCUGUCGCUACGGUGCAGUCUCUUUGCGAACAGGUUGACGGUGACCUGAUUCUGCUGAGAGAGAGGAUGGAGACGGCGGGACAUGUCCGCGAUUAUCUCAUCAGGCGCCGUGUGGGAGAGGCAGACUUCCUGGAAGUCAGAGUGGCGGUCGUAGGUAAUGUAGACGCUGGUAAAAGCACACUUCUGGGCGUCCUAACCCACGGCGAGCUCGACAAUGGUCGCGGAUUUGCCCGUCAGAAGCUCUUUCGCCACAAGCACGAGAUGGAGAGCGGCCGGACCAGCAGUGUCGGCAAUGACAUCCUGGGUUUCGACCAGGAAGGGCAGGUGGUCAACAAACCAGACAGUCACGGGGGCAGCCUGGACUGGACCAAGAUCUGCGAGAGGUCGUCAAAGGUCAUCACAUUCAUCGACCUGGCGGGGCAUGAGAAGUACCUGAAGACCACCGUAUUCGGCAUGACGGGCCACAUGCCGGACUUCUGCAUGCUAAUGGUGGGAAGUAAUGCGGGAAUCAUUGGCAUGACUAAAGAGCACCUUGGUCUCGCUUUGGCCCUCAACGUUCCUGUUUUUGUAGUCGUAACUAAGAUAGACAUGUGUCCCGCUAACAUCUUACAAGAGACACUAAAGUUAUUACAGAGGUUACUCAAAUCUCCAGGAUGCAGAAAAAUUCCAGUUUUGGUGCAAAACAAGGAUGAUGUCAUCGUUACGGCCUCAAACUUCAGCUCAGAGAGGAUGUGUCCGAUUUUCCAGAUCUCGAAUGUGACAGGUGAAAACAUGGACUUGUUGAAAAUGUUCCUGAACCUGCUGUCCCCCAGAACCUCAUUUAAAGAUGACGAGCCCCCGGAGUUUCAGAUAGACGACACAUAUUCAGUUCCGGGUGUCGGCACUGUAGUAUCAGGGACUACUUUACGAGGAUUAAUACGGCUGAACGACACGUUGCUCCUCGGUCCAGACCCUCUGGGUGUCUUCAUCCCCAUCACCGUCAAAUCCAUCCACCGCAAGCGCAUGCCCGUUAAAGAAGUGCGCGGUGGACAGACAGCCUCAUUCGCCCUGAAGAAGAUCAAGCGCUCGUCUAUCAGGAAGGGAAUGGUGAUGGUGUCGCCCCGCCUCAACCCACAGGCAUGCUGGGAGUUUGAGGCUGAGAUUCUCGUACUCCACCAUCCAACGACGAUAUCACCGAGAUACCAAGCUAUGGUUCACUGCGGCAGUAUCAGACAGACCGCCACCAUAAUCGACAUGAACAAAGACUGUUUACGGACGGGGGACAAAGCCACUGUACACUUCCGUUUCAUCAAGACCCCCGAGUAUCUUCACACGGACCAGAGACUCGUCUUCAGGGAGGGCAGGACCAAGGCCGUGGGCACCAUCACUAAGCUGCUUCAAACCAAGCCUCAGGCCAAGAUGCAGUCUACCAAGAAAACAUCGUCACAGGUGGAAGGGUCUUCAUCAGCCAGCGAGGAAACUACACAGAUGGGAGAAAGCCCUCAAAUAGGACAACUGUCUAAGUCCACUGGAAGUGGCCGACGGCGUGGCGGCCAUCGGCACAAAGGCAAAUCAGCACUGAGCAGCGUCACUGGAACGGCAACUACAGCUGCUGGAGUGGGCGGCAACUGAGUUUCCUCCAUCUCUCCCACCCAUCACCACUGGUCAUCUGACUUUAACAUUUUAAGUGAACACCAGAGGGCAGUAAAGCCUUUUUUUUUCUCUCUUUUUUGUUUGCUCUCACUAAACCAGACUGAUUUAUUCCUCCUUAAUUAGAAAUGCUCAUCUCCACUGACACAAUCGUGCCAAAACCCUGACUGACAAGCAGCUGUUGUGUUCCUCGUCCACCCGCUCUUUUUUUUCUCACCCUUAUCAAACCCUUUUACUUAAUAUUCUGUUAGCCAUUGGAGUCUUAACAUUCUGUAGUAAACACCCCGAAAUCCCGGAUUUUGUAGCCGGAAUGUUUCCCCGAGGACCCAAUUAAGGAGCCUACGACUGAAUCCCUGUUUGUGUUCAGCGAUUUUGCUAUUUUUCAUGUCAUUUUCCUCCUUCGAUUGAAUUUGGCAAAUGCUAACGGAGAUGAAAGGGAGAAAUCUGUUCUGCUUGUCAAUCUCUCAUGCCCCCUCAUCCUCUUCUGAUUUUAAUGAGCGUUGUAGCUGCCGAGACGCACAAAAUCACGGCAGAUAAAACCGGUCCCUCUUGGAGCGUCACAAAUUAGGUGGCUUUCUGCUCUCCUGUGUUGCUUUUUCAUUUCGUGACCCAGCAUUGCUUUCAAAAGGUCUCACCUUUUCAACAAAGAACGGGUAGCUAACUGAGAUGACAUGGCAUUUAAUUUGGAUUCCUGUUUUCGCUUUCUCAUUAAACCAUAUUUUCUCUC